AUGGCCGCCCCAAUGCAUAACAACUACCCGCGCUCGCCCAUGCAGUCCUCAUAUGAUUCCUCCUCUGUGUCCUCCGCAGCGUCCCCACAAGCGCAGCAAUAUGGGGGAGGUCUCGCAGGUCCAUCGCCUCGAUUGAGCGGACAGCCUCCUCACCACAUCAUCCUCCCGCCCACGAACUUUCACACCCCAUACCAGAAUUUCUAUUACCCCAGCGCCGCGUCGCCUGGACCCCAGGGAAUGGACUCAAUUGCCUCGACCGGGUCGUCCAGCGGCACACCGGGCCUGCCGUCGUCGGCGCAGAUGAAUGCUAAUUUCCAAGCUCAGAAGCGAGCGUAUCGGCAACGGAGGAAGGAUCCCAGUUGCGAUGCUUGUCGGGAGCGGAAGGUCAAGUGUGACGCUACGGAGACUAUGAGCUGCUCCGAAUGCUCGAGCCGGAAUGUGAAGUGCCAGUUCACGAAGGAGACGAAUAGGAGGAUGUCGUCUAUCAAGCAGGUGCAGGAUCUCGAGAAGCAGAUAUCGCAGGUGAAGAGGGAGAAUGUGCAUUUGCGCUCGCUCAUGAAUAUACAGGAGGGUCACACGGAUGUGGAUCAGGAUGAGUUGGCCCCUACGGCGUUGCUGCUCCCUGAAGUGGGGUCGCAUCCGAAGAGUCGGAAGCAGGCGCCCCCUCCACCGGACCUCUCUAGAGUGAGAACGAAUCUACGGAACUAUGGCCGAGGAAUAUUUAAACCGCCUGCGCCGUAUAGGCAAAUCGGCUCCCAGGCACACUUCAACCCGGAAAGGCCACCGUUACCCGCCAGGCAUAUUGCGGAUCACCUUCUGGAAUGCUAUUAUGCUUCGAUCCAUACUGUCAUACCGCUCUUACACUGGCCGACGUUUAUGGGAGAGUAUGGGGACGCCUACCGUAUCGGUACGCUGGAUCGGAUACCAACGGCAUGGGUCUCAUUAUUCUUCUCGGUGCUCGCCGUUGGCGUUGUCUUCAGCACAGAACCUAGUAUUCAACGACCCCACAAGGGCAAAGAGUAUAUCGAGAUGUCACGAAUGUUGACCGAUCUCUGGAACGACGAGUUUACCAUCGACCACGCCAAGGGAGCGUUAUUAACAAGCAUCUUCCUCACAGAAGUGAAUCUCAAGUCCGCAGCGUGGACAUGGCUGGGAGUCGCCACCAGAAUAGCGCAAGAUAUUGGUCUACACAUGAAUACAGGACCAUGGCCUCUCAUCGAAGGCGAGAUGAGGAGGAGAGUAUGGUGGUCGAUAUACGCCUGGGAUCGACUCCUAUCCCUCGAAAUGGGCCGCCCCCUACUCAUCGAAGACGCCGACUGCGACGUCGCCUUACCCGCAGCAAUCGACGACCACUAUAUCCGCGACGACGGCAUGCACGCCCCCAACGGCGCAAAUCCGCACACUCACCUCCUCCUCCCCACCAUCCACGUCGUCCGCAGCAUCUCCCAGCUCCGCAAAACCAUCAAGAGCCCCACCAUCGCUCUCACCACCCUCGCAACAUUCGACACCCACUUCCGCACCUGCCUCUCCGCCUUCCCCGCCCCUUUCAGCCUCGACUCCCGCGAGCCCCUCGAUCCGUGCUCUCUUUCUCCUAUCAUCUACCUCAUGAACACACGCAUUAUCCUACACCGGCAUAACCUCUCUACCUCCUGCGCACCGGACAUCCGCGCAAACGCAAUAGAACAAUGCCUCCGCAUCGCCCUCGACACCACCCACUUCCUCGCCCGCGCCAGCACCCCAACCCGCUCCCCAAACCCCCCUUACCACACCCAACCCUCCCUCCUCGGCGCCACCGCCAGCACAAUGCUCACAACGCACAUCUGGCGCUGCACCCUCAUCCUCCUCUUCUGCGCACACUUCGACGCCGCACUAACAUGUGUCCGCACAUCCGCCUCCAUCGGCCGCAACCGCGACGCCAACGUCGCCUGUGGCCGCAACCUCGUCUUCUUCCUCACCACCCUCCUCGAGCGGCGCCGCGCCGGCUCCAAACCCCGUGACAUGUCCGACGAAGAAAUCCUCGCCUACGUUAGCGGCGACAUCCAGGCAACCACAGACGGCGGCUGGGUCUGGCAGGGCAGCGAAACCGGGAUGGCCUUAAACUCCAGCGCCACCGCUGGAUUCCCCGGCGAUGAUAGGGAGGGCGUGUUUAACGGGACCAUGAAGGGGAGUCUCACCGACAGCGAGAUGAAUGACUGGGGUGGCUGGGAGAGGGUGGACUACCUCGUCGGCAUACUCGCGCGGGGCGAGGAUGAGAGGGAACGCUUCUCCCCGCAGGGGGCAGCGGGGGGGGCGUAUACUUCUCCGGUCGCGCCUAGGGGGGGGGAGAGGGAGGUGCAGAGGACGACGACGGACCGAAUUAGCAUCGCUAAUAUCAUGUGAGCGACGCGCGCGACACAUACAGUAGGGGCGCAGUAGCUACCGCUACCCGACCGCCCCCCUCCUUUCCACGAAGCAGCAGGGUGGUGUUGUCGCACCGCCGGCUUGCUUCGUGGCUGACAGUUAUGGAGCUCCGAGACACGCGGCGAGGGGCGCUUGUGAGACACUGCAGGUUGCCGCUGAAGGAAGCGGAUGCCUGCGUGUGGAGUGAGGGGCAACGGCAGAUACGCGGGAUGAGGUAUUUUCUUUGCUGGAUACGAACGAGAACAUGAAUGUUGAAGAAUUUAUGCGCGGAUGAGACGGCAGGCGACUGCUGGGAUGGAGAUGUAUAUACAGAUUCUCUGAUGGCGUACAAGAUGAGAAGGGGACGGUUAACGGAGCCGUGCGGGAUACACGGGAUUGAUAGAGAGAAGCGUUUCGGCUUCUGGUCUUGGGGGGGUGGAACUUAAUUGGGGAGGGUUUGGUGGAAGUGUGUGUGCGCAGUUUAUACCCAGAAAAUUUCAUGACUUGUUUGCUUCGUUCGUAUAAUAGUCGUGACCAAACUUUUCGCUUCGCUCAAGGUUGGAGUAAGCAAUACGCGGCUGCCCAACCCGAGAGGAAGCAAUACGCGGCUCGUCAAACGUGCGUCUGUUCAUCGCCACUCCUCAACAAAACCUCCAC